AUGGCUGUGGUUCCGGGACGACCAAUGGUGAUCAAACUGGAUCCUAGCCACACCCCCCUCGCCGCUUCGUGGAGUGACAGCCGAGUCGAACAGGAGCUGCCGCGGCCCCGCGACGUCAUUCUUUGUGAUUUUCACACCGCCUACAGAUAUCUACAGGAUAUACACAAGCUCGAAGAAAAGGUUAAUGGCGUUCUCUUGGUUGAGGAGUUUCACGAAAGCAUCUCUGCUGAUAUUGCUAAUCUUUCUGCGUGGGCUACACCUCAGGGAUCACGUUCGAGCAAAUCGGCCUGGCUUUUGACAGAUUUUCAAAUCAUGUUUACCAAUGUACACUUCGUAUUGUUCGCCUUGCAUCGACGGUUCGUGUCUCUCUCUUUAAGCAGUCGCUGUAAGGCAUAUUACUUCACAACGCAGAUUUUGGAGUUUCAAACCCGCCUGUGCGAUUGUACGGAGCCACUGCAACAUAGGAGUUUUAAACUGGGAUUUCCCACGCUCGAUGCUACGAUACUCAUUGCAGCCAUGCACAUCCGAUUUCCAGAUGAGUUUGCAGACCAAUACCCCGCAGCAAAGAGGAAUUUAGAAUGGGCUUUGGAUAGACUAAAACCUCUCGAACCCACGAAUGAUCAGGCCUGCUCAGCUUUCUAUGUUAUUCAGCAGCUGUAUCAAAAAUGUCGGCUAGCGUCUACUCUGCUCGCUCUCUUUCAUUCGCAUGUCAAGGUACGGAGGCUGGAAUAUUUGCGGAGUCAGAAUCUAAAAUGUUCCAAUCUAAUUGGGACGCCAUUCUACAGCCUUUCGAUACCACGAUUCCAGCGCGCGCAUUUCACGAGGCAAUUUGCGAUGGCACCUUCGUAUCCUCAUCAGGGGAUCAAGCGCAAUUUCUUGGAGAAAGAGACCAUUCGCCGCUUGAGAUGCUAUGCCAACUUCUCACUUUGGAAAUUUUUCAACUUACAACACGCGAAGUCACAUCCAGUGGACUUCGUUCAGCAACACACGACGAUGUCAGAUGGCAGUCUGGCUUGUACUCUAAACGAUCUGUCUUCUCUUUACAAAGGUCGAACGAUGCUUGAUCAAAGGCUGAGUGAGGCAUGGAAGCAAAAUUGUAGGAAGUUGCACAAAGAUAGUGAGAUGUUUACGGAAUACCCGCAAUGUCAGAAGGCUGAUGCAUCCCUACUGUCUGCGCUGUACCUUCAAUCGGCACCGACCAGGCGGCCCUCCUUUCGAUGA